CAAAUCAACAAGACGACAGAGACCCGCGAGAUCAAAGAAUACACGCCAAAACAGAGUGUGCGCACACAAACUAUUAACCCAGCAGUAGCAUACUCGAGUUCAGUCUUCAGUGUGACAAUGUCGACGCGAUACUUCAUGGCGCUCUGCUGCAUUGCCGUGGCUCUGGCCGUGGCCGUGGUGCCUGCCCACGGCGCGAUCCUCCCGUGGUUUGGGAACAGCGGCGGCGGGCGGGACGAUGCCAUGACGUCGCCGCUGCAGGAGAUGGGCCUCCUGGCCGACCCGUUCCGGAUCCUGGAGCACGUCCCCUUCGGCUUCGACCGCGACGACGUGGCCAUGCUCUCCAUGGCCCGCGUGGACUGGCGCGAGACCUCCGACGCCCACGAGAUCGUGGUGGACGUGCCGGGGAUGCGGAAGGAGGACAUCAAGGUGGAGAUCGAGGAGAACCGGGUGCUGCGGAUCAGCGGCGAGCGGCGGCGGGAGGUGGAGGAGCGCAAGGGCGACCACUGGCACCGGGAGGAGCGCUCCUACGGCAGGUUCUGGCGCCAGAUGCGCCUCCCCGAUAAUGCCGACCUCGACACCGUCGCCGCCAGCCUCGACGCCGGCGUCCUCACCGUGCGCUUCCGGAAGCUGGCGCCCGACCAGAUCAAGGGCCCGCGCGUGGUCGGCAUCGCAGGGGGCGACGACGGCGCCGCCGCCAAGACGAGCAUCGGCGACGCCGGCAAAGCUGCGGGCGAGGAGCGCCAGGCCAAGAAAGUCGAGCUCUGAAUUUCUGAAUUACGAAAUGCUAGGCGUGUGCCAGUGUUAAUGCCAGAGCGCUUGUCAGCUUCGCUUCUCCCUACAGUGUGUGUGUGUAGAGAAGAUGUGAUGAACUCGAUUCACUUUCGCGUGUAUAUGUAAGAAGAGUUUCCUGUGGAAAUAAGAAGCUACGAAUCACUCUUUAUUCUUCCCGAGAA